AUGCCCACCUCACUACACAAGACGCGCAAGAUAAUCGCCAAGAAGCGCGGCGGUGAAGUCAACGCCUUGCAUGCCAAGUCGCGCGACUCUAAGCGUCUGCGCAUGGCCCACGCCCGCGAUCUCAGACUAGAAAAGCUUGCGCACGCCAGAACCAAAAAAGAAGAGCCUAUCGUCGACCGCGUCGAGUACUUUAUUGCCCACCUGAAGGAGAGAGAUGCCACCAACUUAGACCUCCCCGAGGUGCAAACCCUCAUUCACAACUUUAUUCACCAGUAUGACGAACAAUUCAAUGAAUUGCAAAAGGCUCGUCGCCCGGGCCGCCCUGCCAGCACCCGUGAGGACCUGCUCAAGAGAAAAAUCGAUGCACUGGAAGAGGAAUAUGAAAAGGGUUUCAUAAUUCCAAAUGUCUUUGAUGAGGACAAUGGCAGAAAGCUUCUUGGCUACGAAGGUUCCUGGGCGUACAUUGCCACCAUUGCUUGGUCCAAGGUCUCGAAAGCGGGAAAAGUCAGCAACGGCGACUUUCCGACCAAAGGAAUCAUGUAA